UGAAUUUUCAGAAUUGGUUGCAGGAAUGUCUGUAUGGUAUUGAGAAUUUGUAUUACAGUAUUAUGUGAGUAAAUACAGGUCUCAAUGACCUCCUUGCAUUCCAUCCCAUCUGAAUCAUCUCAUGAUGAUGAGAAAGAACUUUCUCCAAGCUCAUCCAUUUGCAAUGAGACAGAUGUCAUUUCUGCAAGUGUUCCACGAGGUGGAGCAAGGCGAAAAGUACUUCCACCAAUUCCUACAACUACAACAGUAAAAAGCAAAACAGUAGCUGAUCCACUUGACAGUGUUUUGCCUUUGACGAAUUCCAAUGGAUCUCGUAAUGCAAUGAACACUAUGUAUAAAGGCAACCUUCCAGCACUGAUGCCAAAUUCACCCAUAACACAACAACAAUCACCUACAUUAUUUUCACAACUAUCUCCUGUAUUACAAUCAUCAUCUUGUCACAAUAUGCCUCGGACUCACAAUAGUGGCAUUGAUAUUGAUGGAUGGGAUCCAUUUAAUCAAGAGAUGGCAAGCACAAGUUUCACAUCUGGGCAUAGUCCUUGUAGCACAGAUAGAAAUCAAGGUACAUUUUCCGACAACAUUGCACUGACACAAGAACCACCAGCAAGUCCAUUGCCGAUGCAAACCAAAUCAAGUCUAAAUGCUUCUUCACAUGUUGACGAGUUACAUCAUCGAAAUACUCAAAGACUACCUUCACCAAAAGGCGCAAUUAAGUCGUCAUCAAGUAGAUCCAACAAUAAAUCAUCAGAAAGAUCUCGAUUUAUUGCAAAAUCAACUCAACAAUCUCUCAAUGAGAAAAAAUUUGAUGAAAACAAAGCAAUUAAUACAAUGUCUUUCAAGCAGUUCAGGAAUGAAGUUCAAAAAUGGAGAAAACCCAGCAGCAGUAACACCAAAAUGACACAGAAGAUGCAAGAAUUUUAUAGAGCAACAUUUGAUUCAUUUACAUCCAUCAGCAGCACAUUUAAAAAGAGAAGUGAAAACCCAAAGCUUCAAAUUCAGCAAAACAGAAGUCAAUCAGCAUCACAACUUAAUGAUCCUCUCAUUGAACAAAAGUUUGUGGGAAUGAUGUACGAAUUAUUACUAGAAAUGCCACAAGAAACGCAGAAAACAGUAUUGAAAGGGAUAAUCAAUUGUCUUUUGAAUGAAUGGAGGGGAGCAAAGUCAGAAAAUGAACUUCGAGCUUACUUUAUCCUAUUGCAAAACCCACUCUUCAGUCGAGCAUCAACUUACGUCAUAUACGCUCAUCUUUUGAGACAAAUUGCAACAUUACAUGAAAAAGAGCAAACUCUCAUAACACAAUGGCUAAGAAGAUUAUCAACACCAAGAUUUCGUCCGAUUGUAGAAAGAAUUCAUCAGUUCAUAACUCUUCGUUUAUUUCCUGAUAAAAAUUGUAAACAACAAGAGUUACCACCAAUGACUAAAUGUCCAUGGUGGAUACCGUCAGCUAUGAAAGUGAUGACACUAUUGUAUAAUGCAAACAACCUGAUCAAACCAAGAUUAAUAUCAUAUCGAGAAUUUUAUAAUGUUAGUCUUGAUCAUAUCGAUGUUAUGGCUGAAUUUAAACAAUGGCAGAGUCCUGCGAGUCAUCCAGGGUUUACUUUUUGUCAAUAUCCAUAUGUGUUGAGCCUAUGUGCAAAGCGUCAUAUAUUACGCAGAGAUCAAGAACGACAGAUGGUGAGAACGGCACGAGAUGAACUUGUUACCAGUGUUAGAAGGCGACCAACAAGACCACCCGACGUUAACCAACUAUUUCUCAAUAUUAAAAUUCGAAGACAACAUCUCCUACAAGAUUCAUUGUCACAGAUAUACGGAAAUCGAAGACAUCUUAAAAAGAAAUUACGAGUUGAAUUUAUUGGUGAACCUGGCUAUGAUAUGGGUGGUUUGACCAAAGAAUGGUUCCUUCUAUUGUUGAGACAGGUUCUAUCUCCUGAUUAUGGAACUUUCGUGCAUAAUGAUCGGACUCGUACAUACUGGUUUGCAACAAGUGAAAACGAAAAUUUCUCCGAUUAUUUUCUUGUUGGAGUUUUAAUGGGAUUGGCUGUUUAUAACUGCAUAACUUUUGACUUGAGAUUUCCUUUGGUUUUGUAUCGCAAAUUAUUGACUCCAUCCACCACCAAUAAACCAUCUUCUGUGGCUACUCCGAUAGGACUCGUUUCAGUUUCACUAGAUGAUCUUGCAGAUAUUGAUCCAGAUUUGGCGCAUGGUUUCGAAGAAUUAUUGAAAUACGAGGGAAACGUAGAAGAAGAUUUUGGAACUUUUUUUACUGCGAGUAAAGAAGAAUUUGGUAUCGAUAGAACUCACAUUCUUAAACCAGCAGGAGAUAAAUUGCCAGUAACCAAUGCGAACAGAAGAGAAUAUAUUCAACAUUAUCUUAACUGGUUGAUCAAUAAGUCUGUUUAUAGACAAUUUAGUGCUUUCUAUGAAGGCUUUCACACUGUAUGCGAUUCCAGUGCUUUAUCACUCCUGUGUGCUGAAGAAGUUGAAACAUUAGCUUGUGGAAACCCAGUGUUUGAUCUCCGAGAUUUGAAGAAAUAUACUUCAUAUGAGGGUUUUGCUGCAAAUGAUCCGACCAUCCUUCAUUUCUGGGACGUAACACUCAAUAUGCAACGUGACAUGCAAAAGAAAUUGCUGCAUUUCUGUACAGGAAGCGACAGAGUGCCUGUCGGAGGAAUGCAGGACUUGAAAUUUAAAAUAAUUCGUGCGCCGACCGCUCAAAACAUGUUACCGAUGGCACACACAUGUUUUAACCAACUGUUAUUACCACCAUAUGGAAGUAGAUCACAGCUUGAGCAGAAACUGACAAUCGCUGUUAGCAAUGCUGAAGGAUUUGGAUUGGAGUAAAGCAAUCAAUGGUGUAUUUGCAUUAUUUUAAAAAGUGAUAAAUUGGAGAAAAAAUAUGAAUUCCUCCAUAUCUUUAAUAUGUGAUACUGUUUUGGAUGUUUGUUUUUUUCAGUUAUAUAUUGUGGCUAUUGAACUAUUGUGGCUAUUGGUUUUACUUAUAAGCAAUUAUUUGAUAUAAAACUUACUAUAUGGCUGUUUUGGAAUGUAGUAAUAACAUUAAUAAUAAUUGAUUUACAGGCAUAAAAAUAUAAAAAAAACUUUUUUAUUUUCCUAUGAUUGUCCUGAUACAACACUUUUUGAUUGUUGUUCAUUAGCAGACUGUGUUUUGCUAAGAAUUUUAUGGUAUUGUGGCACACCAAAAUGAAAUUCCUUUUAUGUUUAUUUCAAACAAAUUUGAUGCUUCUCAGCCUGUUCUAUGGCCUGAGUGGCUUCCAGAUUGCUUCUUUAUAUACAUAUAUUUGCAUGUGAUAACGUCGUCUUAUUUUACCUAUUUCCUUUUUAAUUAGUAAAGUUCACUGCGAUAUUGUUAUGCACUGUGUUUGCCGUAGAUGUACAUUUUGAACAUAUAAACCAGUUAAAAUUGGGGUGCUAAUUAGACCUUAUCGGAAGGGACGUAGACAGGAAUUUUAAGAGGAGUGUUUUGAAAUUUGUAAUAUCCAAGUUAAACCGUAACAGUCUAAAAUACGUCUCAAGCUACGAAAAAUUGCUAUGUAUGAUUUUUUUUGUUUACUUUUUAAAAGGGGGUUUUGACCCUCAACAUCCCCCUCUCCUGGCUAUGGCCCUGAUUUCUGAUCAACGUUUGGUAAAAAGUUAAUUUUCCUCACUUACAGGCAAAAUAAAAUCUUUUAUGUCAAACUAUUUUUAUUCAAAUUCAAAUUUUUUAUAAUAUAUAUUUAAUUUAAUGUACCUGGGGUACUUCACCCUGUGAAUAGUAUUAUUAUUAAUAUUGGCACUACCUUUUCACCAUGUACAGUUCGUGCAACUAAUUUUUCUUAUUCACUUACUUUUACCACACCGUACUGAAUUCUGUUUUUGCAAGAAUGCUCUAUUUUAAUUUUCACUAUCAAGUACUUGAACUCAAGCAUAGCAGACAAAAAUUCUUCUUUACUUAUUAUGAGUCAAACAUGAAGUGGUACAUACCUUUUUUAUAGGUCUAUGACUGUCCAUGUACUCAUGGUUAAAUACAGCAUGUGCAACAACCCGGCUCACCAAACUAUUUAGUGUGGACCUUGUCAACAGUCUGAUUUUUCUCCAUUAAACUUAAAAUCCUAAUCCGACAGUUUGUUUAAAAAGAGAGUCACAUGGGUAUAAAUACUUACUGUGUUUUCACAUUUGUCGAAAAUUCCAAUUGAUUCAAAUUUUAAGUGAUAUAAAUAAAUUUAUUUUGUAGUAAAGCUCAAACAAAAUUUAAUACAGUCACAAAAAAAAAGUAAUUUUAACCCAAUUAUUGAAAAAGAUCUUAUUCUAAAUCCUAUUACUAUUAUUAUAAAUGUAAACAUUCCCAUUUGUGGCUGAUUACUCUUUCCAGGGGAUCAUUAAUAUUUGACGCCCUUUGGUAACUUAAUAUUUUGUUUCAAUUUUAACGGAAAGUAUUUUAAAUUGUAUUUUUUUAUUUCACUGUAUUACAGCAACUGUGCUGAAAAGCAAUCAAACAGAAUUAUAUAUAUUUUUUAGUUUAUCUAAAACACGUUCCAUUCUUUUCAAGUAGAUUUUAACCUAAAUAGUUAUUAUUUCAGAUUUAUUGGAGUAUGUCUUAGUAGCUGAGUUUUUGUGGUUUUCAGAUCUCUGACUAAUAAGGCUUUUUUGUUAUUGGAUAUUGAGAAAUGCACUUUAUAAUUGCUUUCGUGCGUUAAUUAUUCUGUAUUUUAAAUGCUUGAAAAAUGAGAAUUUUCAUUUUCUCUUUGAAAAUAUUCGGUGAAUGUUUUUGAAUAAAUCAAUCCAGCAUAA